GUUGUGAGACAGACUGUAAUGGCGGACAGGAGAGGUGUACAGUUAUAGCAUGGAUCCAGACAGCGGGGCGGACACCCAGCGAACUCUCAGCCUGCAAUGGAAGAGCUACAAACUCUUACAGGACCCGGCCAUCCGCAGGGUCGCUCAGAAAAUCUACAGAUACGAUGGGAUUCACUUCAGCGUCCCGGACUCAGGGUUUCCUCCUGUGGGGGAGUUACGUGACCCUCGACCUCGGAGGAUCUGGUCCAGACACACAGAGAUGUUGCUUCCUUUGCCCAAAUUUAAGUUGGACGAGUACUACGUGGGUCCCAUCCCGCUGAAGGAGGUGACGUUCGCUCGGCUCAACGACAACAUCAAAGAGCCCUUUCUUUUGGAGAUGUGCACUAAAUUCGGGGAGGUGGAGGAAAUGGAGAUCCUGUUCCACCCAAAGACACGCAAGCACCUGGGUUUGGCUCGCGUUCUCUUCACCAGCACCAGGGGGGCCAAAGACACCGUCAAACACCUGCACAACACCUCCGUCAUGGGCAACAUCGUCCACGCACAGCUCGACAUCAAAGGUCAGCAGAGGAUGAAAUAUUACGACCUGAUCGUUAGUGGAUCGUACACACCCCAGACUGUACCCACUGGAGGAAAAGCCCUGAGCGAGAAGUUUCAGCCCCCUGCUCCAGCUCAGCCCGACACUUCGUCAGAUAUCAGGAGGAAGCUCUCCACAGAUCAGGUUCCGGUUCCUCCGCUCGGCAGCACCACCCCGUGCUCCGUGGACACCGGGUUUACGGAACAGCGUCUAGACACGCCUCCGUCCUCCCUCGGGGGACCGUACACCCCCGGCUCGUCGUGCUCCUCGCAAGGGGGCGGGACUCCUUACACGUCACGCUCUGGAACCCCCUUUUCCCAGGAUUCGGGGUACUCCGGGGGCAGACAUGGAGCUUACAGCGGUGGUCCUGUGGGUGGAGGUUUCCCAGCGCAGGACAUGCUCCCUUCAUCAUCCUGCUCUUCUUCCGCCGUGUCGUCUUCGUCCGGGUUCAAGCCUCGCUAUUACGAUGAGGCUCACGGAGUCCCUCCUCAAGACCCCGCGGCAUUCCACCGUGGUCGCCCCGGGUUCCCUCCUCCUCCUCCCCUUCCCUGCUACCCCCCUUAUCAAAACGCCGGUGCUGCCGCGAUGCACAUGCCCCCUCACAUGCCUCCAUCGGGCUCCCUGUACGAGUCUCCACCGGUGGGCGAACGAGAGCGGGACAGGGAUCGGGACAGAGGGCAGCGAGACCGAGACAGGGAGCGAGACCCCGGGCGAUACGGAGUGCCUCGGCGCUCCUCUUACCAUCACCAACAGGACGUGAACUCCUCCUCAAAGUAUUCGCACCACUCUCACCGGGAGGAGAGGGACGGCAGGUCGUACCGCAGGGACGGCUCAGCAUCAAGGGAGCACGGGAGGCACCGGAACCACCACCACUCACACAACCACCACGGGCGCCGGAGGGACAGCAGGGACCGGGACAGAGAUUUCACGAACAAUACGGACCCACGGUACAGGGGCCACAGCAGCUCCAGCCAACGCUCCUCCAACAGCAUGUCUCCUCCUCCAGCGUCGUACGGAGGAUUCAACACGUCUAAAGAGCCGCCGAGCAACGACACUCCAUCCUCGUCUCGCCUCGAGCCGUCUCCCUCCUUCAGGUCAGGAGAGAGAGCAGGUGGAAGUGGGGAUAACGAUUAUCGGUCCCACCACACGCCGUUACAUCCCCCGCCUCCUCCUCCACCUCCUCCGCUCCCUCCAGCCUCCGUCAUCGCGGCGGCGGUGGCUGAAACUCUGAGCUCCCUAGACUUUGGGCAGGACAGUCCAGUCCGCGAGGAUCAAUGGAGCAAACCUAAACGCCGCCCCAGCACCCCGCCCCAACCUCCCCGCACCCCUCCACCCACCUCCCCACCCCUCGCAUCCAUUCCUUCAUCAUCAACAUCUCCAUCUUCCACCUCCCUGCCUCACCACCACCCCUCUUCUACAGCCUCUCUUUCUCCGCCCCACGCACAGCGAGACUCCUCCUCUCCAGAGCCGGACUCCACCAAUGAGAGCCUCCCGUUUGUUCACCACUGUAGCAGCUUGGACUCGCGCAUUGAGAUGCUGCUAAAGGAACAAAAAUCCAAGUUUUCCUUCCUGGCCUCCGAUGACGAGGACGAGGAAAAGAAGGACGAUGGAGGCGCGAGGAAGCAGAGAGGGGAAGAGGCCGGAGACCGAGAGAUGGGCGGAGGACAGCAGAGGAGAACGGAUGGGAGGAACAGAGUGAGAAAACAGACGGCACCACCACCAGCAGCAGGAGCAGGAGGAGCAGAUGGAAGGAAAAGCCCUAUGGACAUGGCCUCCUCUGUCGCCUCCAUCUCAGGAUUGCUGUCCGAGCCAUCGCAGGGGCAGCAGGUUCUCGUAAAGGAGGAGCACACAGCUUCAGACACCAAGGUGACCGGUGCACACACACCACCCACCUUCAACGGAGAACGUCAGCCAUCCCCUCAUUCCUCCGGAGAAGACAUGGAGAUCUCAGACGAAGAUGACGGUGAAGGUGGCAUCACUACGGUGACGCAGCACCACGCCUCGUCGUCGUCCUCCCCUGUCCCGUCGUCUCAGUCGGCUCUUCCCUCUCAGAGCGCAGACCCCACCUCCGGGUCGCCCCCGGACAGCACUCAGCACUUUGGCGCCUCCAUGCCGCUUCCUCACAUGCCUUCCUACCCUCCACACCUGCCCCCGCCUCCCCCACCCGGCUUCUCUCUCAGCCCCGCCCCUCUUUCGCACAUGGAGCUCCAUCCGGAGUACCCAAUGCCCCCCCACCUUUACGACUACGCCAACUCUGUGGAGCUGAUGAGCCAAUAUGCCGGCACGUCCUUCCAGAUGCAGGCACACAUGCUCAGCCGUCUGCACCAGAUGCGAGAAAAACACACGCCCGGCUCGGACUACCCCACCUCUUACCACAUUCACCCUCUGCCCCCUCCACCGCACACACAGCACCCCCACCACCCCUACAUGGACCAAGAUGGAGCUGCAGGGAACCACUACGACCAGGACCACCGUUACAUGCCUCCUCACAUGUCUACCUACCCCUAUCCAGACCCUCAUGCUGCCCAGAUUCCCCCUCACCACCCCCACGCCAUGCCUCCGCCCCCUCACUCCCCGUGGCCUCCUCACGUCCUACCCCAGCACUACCCCUCCCACUACCCGCCUCCGGCGUACGGCGCCGUGCCGAGCGUCGACGACGAGCAGUACACCAUGCCCAUGAUGGGGCAGAACCCUCACGAGGCAACGGUUCAGCUCGUUCUCUCCGCUCUCAUCGACGAGAUGAAGAACAUCAUGCAGAGGGACCUGAACCGCAAGAUGGUGGAGAACGUCGCCUUCGGAACCUUCGACGAAUGGUGGGAACGUAAAGAGAGGAAGGCCAAGCCGUUCCAGACCGCGAUGAGGGCCGUGUCUGUGGUGCGGGACGAGGAGAAGAAGGAAGAGAAGAUCAGUAGCCGGCCGCGUGAGCCGUUAAUGUCUCUGGUAGACUGGGCCAAGAGCGGUGGCAUGGAAGGGUUCUCUCUGCGUGGUGCUCUCCGUCUGCCUUCGUUCAAGGUAAAAAGGAAAGAACCUCAGGAGCUGGCAGAAGAUGCGUCACUGAAACGAGUCAGACCUUCGACUCCAGCAGACGAGGAGGAUGAAGACUCGUACCAGGGUAAAGUGUCGGACAGUGCGAGCCGGCCGGAGGAGACCCGAGCAGCCGAGCGGAAUGUGGUACAGAGGAGGAAAAGACCCAAACCACGUAAACCUUACGAGCUGGACAGUGAAGGAGAGGAGACGUCUGAUGAGUCGUCUUCUGAAAAGGAGGAAGAUGAAGACAGCGAGAAGGACGGGUCUGAGGAUGAAGCCCUCAGCGCAGACAGUGAUGACGAGAGUCUCUCCUCUUCAUCUGGAAGCUUGUCCUCGUCCUCUUCCUCAUCAUCUUCAUCUUCAGACGAGGACGAUGAAGAGGAGCCGGAGCGAGCGGAUGAAAGCGAGGCCCUGGACACGAUGGACGAGUCGACGAUGGACAGCGUUGCCAUGGCGAAGGACAAGGAGAAGACGAGGGUCGGAGAGUCGCCUGCUGUGGCUGCUACAGAGGUCAAAGAAGAGGACCGGGUUGCCCCUGUUGUAUCUGCAGAUCACCGGCCUCCAUCUCCUCCUGGUCCUCGGCCGUCCUCCCCCAUCCUGCCUCCUCUGAAGAAGCGCCGCAAGACCGUGUCCUUCACCACGGAGGAGAGCGAAACCAAACCCUCCAUCCACGUCCCCUCUGCACCUCUCUCUCCCUCCCCUGCCUCCGCCCCUUCUCCAUCCCUCCUUCUCUCUCCAGUCAAAUCCCAACCUCCGGAUCAGCUCAUUUCAUCUUCGCCCACCACUGUCACCCCCACCUCCACCUCCAAACCUGCCCCCAUGCUCCGCCCGUUCGCUUCACGCCCAACCAAGCCAAUGCCCCCUGCAGCCUCGCCCACCUCUGUUCUCACAGUCCCGCCCACCUCUGUUCUCACAGUCCCUCCUCCUGUGCGCUCUCUGCGUCCAGAGGAACCCCGAAAACGUUCUCCGUCCCCACAGACAACCCCGGCCAAAUCUCCUUCCAGACGUGGCAAAGAGUCUCCCAGAACCCCUCCCACUCCUGUUUGUCUCACAGUCCAGAACCUUCUGGACCACGCCUCUCUGGUCCGUGUGGCCUACGAGGAUCCCGCCCCUCUCCCACCUACGCCCAAUCAGAAAGGGCGUCCACGCGGCAGACCUCGAAUUGCCAACAUAGCUGCUUUCUCCACGCCGUUGCUCCUGGAGGAGGAUGAGUAUGAUGACGUAGAUGAAGAGGAGCUUCUGGAGCAGAGAAUGAAGCUCAGGGAGCAGCUCGGAGUGUCCAGUUUGCUGCAGCUAGCGUCCACGCCCGACCUCUCCGUGCUGGCCCACGUGGCUGCCGAGAUGGACGAAGACGUGGACUCUGAAGAGACGGAGACAUCGGACGAAGCUGAAGAGCACAAACUCGUGGGGGAAGAAGAAACCCGUCUCGUCUCGUUAGACCUGGGUGGAAUGUUCGUCCUCCAGGAGCACAACUACUUUAAAUCCACGCCUUUCCUCGUCACUCCUCUUUCUCCUGCGUCCUCUGCUGGGCAAAAGAGGACGAAACAGGACGCCGCACUGAUGCUCCCUACAGACUUCCAUCAGCACUGCGUCCAGGAGGCUCCCGAGGAGGUCAUCGGGGAAUCUCAGGCAGAAACGCCCGAGUCCUGCGGCGUGGGGCUCGUCGGGGACGAGCCCGGAGAUUCGGCAGACGUGCAGGUGCUCAGCCCCGUCUCCAAACGCAGAGGCACCUUCAAGAAGGAGGAAUCCCUGGAGAAAGGGAAGAGUAAAAAGAGGACUCGGAAAGACAAGGAGAACGUGGAGGUGCUGCCAGCAUCUAAAAAACAGAAGCAGGACCACAGCAAAAAGCAGAGGAAAGGGAAGUUAGAGGACCUGGUCCAGGAGGAGGACGUAGAUGUGGAGCAGCUGGAGACGGCUGAUCUUUCCAGCUCCACCUCCGAUUCGGUGGACUCUGACUUCGGUCUGGACGAGCAGAUAGGGUUCGAACGUGACGAGGUGAGGAAGAGCGAGCGUCUCUUCCUGCAGGAAGCCGGAGUCACGCCAUCCACGCAGAGGAAGUCCAGUUUGGUUCCGCCUCCUCUCGUUGCUCAGCUACUCUAUAAGCAUCGCAGCGAGUUCGAACAGAUGACCAUCCUGUAUGACAUCUGGAACACCGGGCUGGACCAGGAGGACAUGCGUCUUCUGAAGGUCACGUACGAGAAGCUGCUGCAGGAUGACCACAAUUUGGACUGGCUCAAUGACACGCACUGGGUUCCUCACACCAUCACUAACAUCCCGAACCCGCGGCGUAAGAAGAAGGCGCCGGGCGGGCAGCUGAGGCAGCACGUAACGGGAUGCGCCCGCAGCGAGGGUUACUACGCCAUCAGCCGCAAAGAGAAGGACGUGUACUUGGACCUGGACCUCCCCGAGGCCUUGCAGGAAGCCAUGGACUACGACGUGGCGGGUUCGAACCGUGUGCUGUCGGAGAGACGUUCGGAGCAGAGGCGUCUCCUCAGUGCCAUCGGAACCCCUGCUGUCAUGGACUCCGACCUUCUCAAACUCAACCAGCUUAAGUUCCGCAAGAAGAAACUGCGCUUCGGACGCAGCCGCAUCCACGAGUGGGGUCUGUUCGCCAUGGAGCCCAUCGCCGCAGACGAGAUGGUCAUCGAGUACGUGGGCCAGAACAUCAGACAGAUGGUGGCUGAUAAUCGGGAGAAGCACUACGCUCAGGAAGGCAUCGGGAGCAGCUACCUGUUCCGUGUCGACCACGACACCAUCAUCGACGCCACCAAGUGUGGGAACCUGGCUCGCUUUAUCAACCACUGCUGCACUCCGAACUGCUACGCGAAGGUGAUCACCAUCGAGUCCCAGAAGAAGAUCGUCAUUUACUCCAAGCAGUCGAUCGCCGUGAACGAGGAGAUCACGUACGACUACAAGUUCCCCAUCGAGGAGAACAAGAUCCCAUGUCUGUGUGGGACGGAGAACUGCAGAGGAACGCUCAACUGAAAACCACGCCCCUUUCACUCUUUCAGCCCUAUCACCUCCACAACCGCAGGACGGACACACGCAUGGCAUUCUGGGUAACGUAACAGGACGAGACGUUUGUCUCCAUGGCGACACCGUCGUCCCCCACGCCAUUUUCCCGGAUCGAGUCACAAAAGGUCUGAUUGGUUGUAUGUAAAUUUCUUUUUUUUUUUUUUUCUUCCCCCCAGCAAGGGUCUGAUUUUUGGUGUCAAAAUUCGCUUUUCUUCUGACCUGUGCAAAAGUAAUGGCACCUAUAAAUAUUGCGCUUCUUUUUUUUUUUUUUUCAGUGAACGACUCUAGAAAGCAUUAUUAUUAUUAUUAUUAUUAUUAUUAUUAUUAUUAUUAAUAAAGGGAAGGUUUCUGUCGCUAGAACACAAGGCUCCUCUGCUCACACAGCUCCUGUAGUUAGCAUUUAACUCAACAGGUUGCAACUGAUCCCCUCGUUAAUUAACCACGCUAAUCAGCGUAAUUAGCUAUGGUUAGCUGUAAUUACAUCACUUUUAACUAGUUGUUUUUUAUCUUAAUAAACUCCCCUUGUUGUAACUAAUAAUUAUCAUAAAUUCUGCUGUUUAUACAAAUUGGUUCGGUUGCAGAAUUUAUCAUUAACAUUAAUUACAAAUCUCUUUUUUUAUUACUGAUGCAAACGUGUAAAUAUUUGAAGUUCACUAGAAUGGCAGUUUACUGAAGUCUGGGGUUGUGAAGAAAAUAAAAUACAGCAAAAUAAUAAUAAUAAUAAUAAUAAUAAUAAUAAUAAUAAUAAUGAUGAAGGGUUUCUGGAUUUUUUUUUUUAUUUUCAUGAUUUAUCACAUUUCAAACCUUUUUUAUGCCUCUUCGGUCCUUCAGGUUUAAGCUCCGCCCACUUUAGUUUUUUUUUUUUUCCCUUUUCCCCACAACGAAGCGCUCAGCGACUCUCCAAGAGGACGCCAUGUGACGUGUGUGUGUGUGUGUGUGUGUGUGUGUGUGUGUGUGUGUAUAUAUAUAAAUAAUAUCAGUACAGACUCGUGCAUCGAAACAGAACAAAAAAACUCCAGAAUAAACUGUAAAUAUUGUAGAGGUGUUUGUUUCUCGUAGAAACGCACUGCUCCGCUCUGUAAAUAUGUUCUACCUUUUUCCUACUUUUUUCCUUCCCUCCAUCGCCGGAAACAACUGUACAUACACCGAUCAUUCACUUCUCUUAAUUGUUUUUUUUUUGUUUGUUUGUUUUUUUUAUUUGAUGUAUUUUAAUAUUAUUUGCAAUAUUUCUCUUGUAUUAAUGCGUUGGAUUCUUUAUUAAUGGUGCAUUAAAAUAUUUUUUAGAAAAA